GCUUCGCACCGAGUUCAGCUAUUUGUUAUAUUUCCUACGUUUUACAAUGAUGACUGAAAGCUGUCGGCCGCCCGCACUGUUCCUGUUCGUCGCUCUGCUGGCUUCCGCGCACUGCUCUGGCGCCCUGUCCAACAGUAGCGUCAAAUUCAAGGGACUAACUCCUAAAAUAAAUGUUAGUGGCAUGUUGGUGUUCAAUCCUGAGGUAGAGGAAGUAUUAAAAAGUAAAUUGACCACAGUCUUCCUACCUCUCGUCUACAUCAUUGUGUUCGUUGUGGGACUACCUACCAAUGCCAUGGCCAUCUGGAUCUUUGUGUUCAGAAGCAAGAAGAAGAGUCCAGCAACCAUCUGCAUGACCAGCCUGGCGCUGUCGGACCUGCUGUUCGUUAUCUGGAUCCCCCUGAAAAUUGCCUACCACCUCAAAGGGAAUGACUGGACCUAUGGAGAGGUGCUCUGCAGAGUGCUUGUGGGUUUCUUCUACGGCAACAUGUACAGCUCCAUUCUCUUCAUUACCUGUAUCAGCGUGCAUCGCUGUUGGCGCAUAGUCGAUCCGUUGCUGGUUCGGAGGGAGGACAAUCGGAUCGCGCUUGCCAUUUCCUGCGCAAUUUUUCUUUUAACUUGGUUGGCCACAAUUCCACUCUACAUGUGCGAUCAAACUGUUGGUGUCAGUGAACUGCACAUCACCGCUUGCCACGAUGUCACCAAAAGCAGCGACAUAAAAACUGCAGGAGGCUACUUCCUGUCCAUGGGAGUUAUCGGCUUCAUCGUUCCAUCGGUAAUCUGCGUCGUAGCCUAUAUCCGAAUGGUGUGGCAUCUGAAAAAUUCCGUCAUGGAUGAAAAGGCUGCUAAGAGGCGCCAAAAACCUGUUGUCCUCAUCAUCACCGUUCUCAUCAUGUUCCUGGUGUGUUUUACCCCGAGCAACAUCAUGCUGCUCAUUCACUACGGCCUCCUCUUACGCGGCAGCCCCAACACCUCUUACGGGUUUUAUAUCACUGCGCUGUGUUUCGCCAGCCUCAACAGCUGCAUGGACCCCUUGCUGUACUAUUUUGUCUCCAAGGACUUCAGACACAACGUGAGGAACACGCUAAUCUGCAGGAGUGUGCGCACCGUGGAGAGAGUGAGGGUCUACUUCAGUCCUCUGAAGAACUCCAAGACCAGCAACUCAUAUAACUCGAAUUCCACAAACACCGAAAGUAGCAGCUGCUGAGGGCAGCAAUGCAAAUUUCUGAGCCCCUACUGAAUACGCUGACCUCGGGCCAGUCUUGAUUUUACGUGCAGAAUAUCUUUGCUUACAAUUGCAGGUUACUUUUCUAUUUCAUGGGUGUGUGUGUGUGUGUGUGUGUGUUCUAAGAAAUGAACUUGUUGACUUUGAAAUUUUAUUAAAAAAAAAAAAAGCUGGUGAAAUUGUGAAUGGAUCAAGGUCAGGGUUUCUUGGUGGACCAGUAUGUAUUUUUUCCAGAAUUGUGAAAUGUGUUUGUUAUAACUGCAUAUCAGUUUCAUUUGCCCAUUUGUUAUUAUUUUUAACUACUGUCUUUAUUGAAAGAAAUUUAAAAAUGGUUACCGGUUUAUAUGUAUUUUUUACUGCAUCUAUUCAGGAUAGGCUCCUUUCUCAAAGGCACUGUAGCAGGAGUGGGGUUCAAACAGAAAACCCUCAGAUUAUGUGAGCAGCCCAAACUGCUGCACUACCCAAAAUCCCUGGUUAACGUUAAGCUUAAACAGAAUUAAAUGACGUAUGAAACCUUUAUGCGUUUGCACUGUAAGAAACAGUAAUUCUACAUUGGGUAUUUGGAAGAAGAUAUCCAUAAGUAUAAAUUAUUUGAAUGGUCAUUUUCUGGAACAUGUGCUGCAGUGAAAAGUGAGAAUUUUUAAAGGUGUUUAAUUAUUGUAAGGUGAUAUUCCUUUCCUUUACCCUACCUGUGUUAGCUGGGCAGAACAGCCAUUAUUGUUAAAGGCUCAUUCUCUGUGCUUGUCUUUUUCUCCUACGAUCAGACUCGAGUUCAGUCUUGUCCUGAGAUUCGAGAAAAAUCUGCUAUUGAGGCUUCACCUGUUUCUCUGACAUGUUCACUCGUGUUCCUUAAAACUACACAUACACCAUCUGAAACCACUUGUCCCCUAAGGGGUUGUGGGGAGCCAGAGCCUAACCCAGCAGCGCA